AUGACUGAAACUUCUGCCGGUGGUUUAUAUCAAUGUAUUACGGAUAUUGCUCGCGCUGAUACAAGUGGGGAUUAUCAAAAGGCGCUGCAAGCUGCGAAUAAAUGUUAGUUGCUCAUUCAUCAUUUUUCGUAAAUUCAUUAGAAUAUUUUGUGAUUUCAGUGAUUCGCAAAUUCCCGAAAGAAACGUUUGCUUUCAAAUGCAAACUUGUUGCUUUGAUCCAACUUUCAUCAUGGGAAGAAGCUUUGACUAUUAUCAAGAAGACACCAACCCACCAAAUGGGAAAUGUUUCAUUCGAAAAAGCUUAUAUCUUCUAUCGUCAAGGAGAUCUUGAUCAAGCAUUGAAAGAAUUGGAAAAUUGCGAGAAGGAUGAUAUUCGUGCUUUGGAGUUGAAAGCUCAAAUCUAUUACAAGCAAGAAAACUUCACCGAGGCUUAUGAAAUCUUCCGUUUUUUGUUGAAAAACCAUUCGGAUGAUUCUGAUGAAUUGAGACGUGCGAAUUAUUUGGCUGUUCAAGCUAGACUCGAAGCUCAAGGAUCAAAACAACAACUUGAUACUGAAGCUGAAGAUUCGUAUUCUCAACUUUACAAUCGUGCUUGUGUUGAGAUUGAAGCCGAAAAAUUGCCACAAGCUCUUGCUUCUCUUGAUAAAGCUCUUGUUAUUUGUCGUCAAACUUUGACAGAUGAAGAUCGUGAAGAAGAUGAAAUCGAAGAAGAAUUAGAUUCAAUUCGAGUUCAACGAGCUUAUGUUCUUCAAAGAAUGGGGAAACGCGACGAAGCAUUGGAAAUUUACAAAAAAGUUCAAGCUGCAAAUCAUUCUGAUGAAAGUGUCAAAGCAACAAUCACCAACAAUAUUCCAGCUGCAUCUUCUGAUUUCGGAAUGUCUGAAUCUCGCAAGAAAUUCAAAGCAGCUCUUCAAAUUGAUCAAAGUAAAUUGACAAGAAGACAACGAAGAACUUUGAUGUUGAAUAAUGCUUUGGUUUUACUUUUGUCGAAUCAAAGAGAACCUUGUAAACGAGCUCUCGAAGAAUUGGUAUCAAAGUUUGGAACUUCGAAAGAUGUUGCUUUGAUUGAAGCAGCACUUUAUGUCAAAUUAAAUGAUACCGAAAAUGCGCUUCGUGUUUUAGCUGGAGAUGAUCAAGAACAACAAUUUGCUCGACUUCACGUUCUUUUGAAUGCUGGAAAACUUCCAGAAGCAUCAGCUAUUUUGAAUAACUUCAAAAAUCGUCCACUUGGAGUUUCGAGUCUUUUGACAAGUAUUUUGAUAGCCUCGGAUAAAAAAGCGGAUGCGGCCAAAGAAUUGACAAAUAGUUUAUCAAAGGCUGGAAAUUCUGAAGAGAAAAAAUCGAUUCUUGAAGGAGCUGUUGAUUUGGAAACUGCCAAUGGAAACAUUGAACAAGCAACUAAACAUUUGGAAAAACUCGCUGAAAUGUUUAGCGAUGAUUUGACAAUUCAAUGUAGAUUGGUUGGAUUGUAUUCAAAAGUUGAUCCGAAAAAAGCCGAACAAUUGAGUAACAAGGUAAGUUUUCAUGUUUCAUAAUUUAGUUUUCAAAAUUAAUUUUUUUCCCCCAGAUCUUCCCUGAAAACAUGGAAGUUGAUAUUAAUGUUGACGAACUUGAAGAAAGUGAUUGGAUAUUGUAUGGUGAAAAAUAUCGACAAAAGAAAGAAGCAAAAGGAGAAGCUGCGGCUGAUGAUAAUGUGAGUUUCUUUUUUUUUGUUGGAAGUAUCUGAUCAAAAGACAUAUUUUCAGGAAAUCAUUACUCGCAAACUCAAAAAUCAACGACGCAAGCGUAAAAUCCGUCUUCCUAAAAACUACAAUCCGGAUGUUUUGCCUGAUCCAGAAAGAUGGUUGCCAAGACAAGAAAGAUCGACAUAUAAGAAGAAAAGAAAGAAUCGCGAAAGAGAAAUCGGACGAGGAACACAAGGAUCUUCAUCUGCUAAUCCAAAUGUGUAAGUUCAUUUUCUACAAAAAAUAUUUUUUUUGUUCAUUGCUCAUAUUAUACAUUUUCAGCGAAUACAUGGCUGCUUCUCCAAAUUCUCCACGACCACUUCCUGGUCCGGCAGCCGAAGGACCACGUCAACAAAGACCAAACUUUCAAAAGCAAAAAAAGAAGAAGUCUUCAAAAUUCUAG